UAGUUACUAAAAGUCGUCGGUUUGCGUUAACGUCUCGCGCGGACGAUCAUGUGUUCGAGUAAAGUGUGAAAAUUCGUUAUUGUCUUUAAAUUUUUUUUUGUUUGGUAUUAGCUCAAAGAAGAAAGCAAAGCAUACUUUUCAUUACUUUGCAGUGCGGACAUCCGUAAUUCUUAGGAAAAGACGAAAAAUAUAGUGUUUGCAAUAUUUUUUGCAUUUCGCAAGAGUGCAAGUGGAGAAACGCGAAUGCGACACCACCGGUGGUGACGUUCAAAAAGUCAUCAAAAGGCAAAAGUCAGAGCGAGUUUUACGCAAAAACAUAUACACAUACAUAAUGCUCUACAUGGAUAUACUUACAUAGUGAAUAUAAACAAAUUCGGUGCAUAUUUUACUCGCAUUGCGGCGUUUUUCUGCUUUAAUCGCGUUUUCGGGUGGCAAAUGCCAUUUGUGCACGACGCUGAUCAUACUCACAUACAUACAUACACACAUAUAGACUAAAACCAAAUACACAGUGAAGUCGUGAGCGCGGAGCAACACUUGUGUGUGAGUGUGUGGAAAAAUGGGCACAAAGAUCGAGUACGUGGACACGACGCAUCUCUAUGCCACCAAAUACAUACGCAACUCAAAGGCCAUAGCUGUACUCUGGGCGAUAUUCACAAUAUGCUACGCUAUUAUCGGCAUUGUUGCCUUUGUGACGCCAGAAUGGGUCGGUGAUCCGGACAAUGAAAGUGCGGGCCGCUUGGGUCUGUGGCAGAUGUGUCAGCGUGAUGAGAUAUUCGACAAUUGCAAGCGACGUUGGGAGACCAUACUCACAGUGCCGACAUUCUCGUUUCAAUUGGCAACAUUCUUUAUGGUUGCGGCGGUGGCAUUGGCCUUGCUGACAAUCUGCUUUUUGGUAUUCUUGAUCUUCAUGAAGUCAACGAGAGUAUUUCACAUAUGCGGCUGGAUGCAAAUCAUAUCAGCGAUUUGCAUGAUUGUUGCCUGCGCCGCCUUUCCGUUCGGCUGGAACUCUGAUGAUUUUCGAAAAAUCUGCGGUCCCGAUGCGAAUCGCUUUGAGCUUGGUCUAUGCGGCAUCCGUUGGGCCUAUCCGCUUGCCAUAAUUGGAUGUGUCGAUGGUGUGGUCUUGGCCACGCUCGCCUUCAUACUUGCCACGCGUCAUGUGCGCCUACAACCCGAUCCACUCUAUCAGAGUUCACUCUACAAAGGUGAGAUUAACAACGCUUACAUUACAGACGCUGUCAGCCUGGCCGGCUCACGGAAAUCGCUGAAUCUGCAGCCAAUUCUGCUGGUGGCGCCACCACACAAUAUGCCCACAAAUGGCGAUGACACGAUAUCGCAAUUCUCCUCGCGCACACCCAACCAUCGAUAUCGACCCGACUAUCCGAUGCAUCAGUUUUGAGUUAAAUUGUCGAACCGGCGUUUCCGAAAUUGUGAUCCUUUUGUGUGUUUCAUAUUUUAUUUUUUCGUUUUGUGCUUAUUUUGAUUUGUUUUUCUUCCUUUGUUUUCUGUUAACAUCCUCAAUGCAGGUUUUAUGGACUGAGAAAAAAAGUAAAAUUAAAACCUCGUAAUAAAAGUUAUGCCAUUCUCUUGGUGGCUAUCUGUACAUAUAUAUACGAUAAAUAGACAUGUAAUUUUAUUGUAUGUAUUUUAAAAAAUGUAAAAUGUACAAUAGAAAAUAAGUUUACAGCUAAAUAAAUUAUUGUCAUUAUCUGAGCGAAA